AUGGCAGACGGCUCAGACUCAGACUCAGACUCAUUCGGUCCCGCACUGCCCCCACACCUGCUCGCCCGAAAAAAACAGAAAACUUCUUCCUCGCCACCGCCGUCGACAUCACAACCACGUCCGUCCGCCGGACCUCGUCGUCGCAAUGAGGUCGCAGGCCCUGCAAUGCCGCCACCAGGGGCCACUUUUGGACGGCCUCCAGUAGACAGCGAAAGCGACGACGACGUGUUCGGUCCAGUUCCUCCGGCCCCACUGGAGAGCGGCACAGCUGACGAAGUAGCGGAACGCAUUGCAGAGAUCGAGGCGAGAGUGCAGCGGGCGAGGGAAGAGGAGGAGGCUAAAAAGACCGAGAAGCCGAAGCGAGGGGAUUGGAUGUUGGUGCCGCCAGAAGCGUACAGGCUUUUACCGUUCGCCGGUGAUAAGAUGAUGAAAUCGAGACAGUUCAGUAAGAAGGCAGUCGCUGCGGAUGUAGAUCAAUCAGGAUGGACAGAGACGCCACAAGACAGAGCAAAGGGAUCUGCAGAGAAACGAAAGCGCAGGCCAGAUGAUGAACCGCGGUUACCGACCCAGGAAGAGCUGGAGACUCAGGAAUUCAUCAAAAAGCAUAAUGAAAAGCACCGCGGCGCCUCCCUCAUGAACAGCCACUCGACCGCCUACCUCAAAGCCAGCAAAUUCGAAGAAGAAGACGUCAGCAAGCGUAAAUUCGAUCGCGAGGUAGAUAUGAAGGUCGGCGGCGCGCGGAAGAUGGACUCAAAGACGCGUGCGAGUAUGGUCGAUGAGGCGAGGAAGCUAGAUACGAAGUUUAGUCAUGGGAAUAAGACCUUCCUAUGA